AUGAAGACAAUAAGCUUAUUCAUUUUUGUGGGAUUUAUAGGAGAGUUCCAAGUUUUUUCAAGUGCCUCUUCUCCAGUCAACUGCCAGUGGGAUUCCUAUGGCCCUUGGUCAGAAUGCAGUGGCUGUACCAAGACUCAGACUCGCACACGCUCAAUCGCUGUUUAUGGGCAGUAUGGGGGCCAACCUUGUGCCGGAAGUGCUUUUGAAACACGGUCAUGUGAACCUACACUGGGGUGUCCUACAGAAGAGGGCUGUGGAGAACGUUUCAGGUGUUUUUCAGGACAAUGUAUCAGCAAAUCAUUGGUUUGCAAUGGGGAUUCUGAUUGUGAAGAGGAUGGCGCUGAUGAAGACAGAUGUGAGAACUCAGAAAGCAGAACUUCGUGUGACACUGAUAAACCUCCUCCCAACAUAGAACUUACUGGUAAUGGUUACAAUGCACUCACUGGUCAGUUGAGGAAUGGAGUCAUUAACACCAAAAGCUUUGGUGGUCAAUGCAGAAAAGUGUUCGGUGGGGAUGAAAGAGAUUUCUAUAGGCUGAGUGGAAAUAUCCUCUCCUAUACAUUUCAGGUGAAAGUAAAUAAUGAUUUUAAUUAUGAAUUUUACAACAGUAGUUGGUCUUAUGUAAAACAAACAUCUGAAGAACAUACAUCUUCCAGUAAGAGCUCUUUCUUUUUUCAUUCCUCAUCAUCUGCUUCACACAGUUAUAAGUCAAAUUUCAAUGAAAUCUAUAAGAAAAAGAGUUAUCAAUUAUUGGUUAUUCAGAACACUGUUGAAGUGGCUCAGUUCAUUAAUAACAAUCCAGAAUUUUUACAACUUGCUGAGCCAUUCUGGAAGGAACUUUCCCACCUUCCCUCUGUGUAUGACUACAGUGCCUACCGAAGAUUAAUUGAUCAGUAUGGGACACAUUACCUGCAGUCUGGAUCCUUAGGAGGAGAAUACAGAGUUCUAUUUUAUGUGGACUUCGGAAAAGUCAAACAGAGUGAUUCUGUUUCGUUAGAACAUACGACAUGUACUUCUUCAGAUUUUCAUUUUCUCUUUGAAUCAUCAGAGCAAGAAUGCAAGGAACUGGAAGAUGCUCUAAAAUUGGGUUCAGGAAACCAGAACAAUGUGUUGCGAGGAGUCCCAUUUGUCAGAGGGGGAGGUCCCAGCUUCAUAGCUGGCCUUAGUUUCCUACAGCUGGACAAUCCUGCUGGUAACAAAAGGCGGUACUCCGACUGGGCGGAGUCUGUGACUCGUCUUCCCCAAGUCAUAAAACAGAAGCUGACACCUAUAUAUGAGCUGGUAAAGGAAGUACCUUGUGCAUCUGUGAAAAGACUGUACCUGAAGCGGGCUCUUGAAGAGUAUUUGGAUGAAUUCCACCCCUGCCAUUGCCGGCCUUGCCAAAAUGGUGGUUUGGCCACUGUUGAGGAGACCCAGUGUCAGUGCCAUUGCAAACCAUAUACAUUUGGUGUGGCUUGUGAGCAAGGAGUCCUCGUAGGGAACCAAGCAGGCGGGGUUGAUGGCGGUUGGAGUUGCUGGUCCUCUUGGGGCCCCUGUGUUCAAGGGAAGAAAGCAAGGAACCGGGAAUGCAAUAACCCACCUCCCAGCAGGGGUGGGAAGUCCUGUGUUGGAGAAACUACUGAGAGCAGGCAAUGUCAAGAUGAGGAGCUGGAGCAUUUACGAUUGCUUGAACCACAUUGCUUUCCUGUAUCUUUAGUUCCUAAAGAAUUCUGUCCAUCACCUCCUGCCUUAAAAGAUGGAUUUGUUCAAGGGGAAGGUACUGUGUUUCCUGUUGGGAAAAAGAUACUAUACACUUGCAAUGAAGGAUACUCUCUUGUUGGAGACCCUGUUGCCAGAUGUGGAGAAGAUUUACAGUGGCUUGUCGGGGAAAUGUAUUGUCAGAAGAUUGCCUGUGUCCUACCGGAACCGAUGAAUGGCAUACAGAGUCAACCCCACAAACCGUUCUACUCAGUUGGCGAGAAGGUGACUCUCUCCUGUUCAGGUGGCAUGUCCUUAGAAGGUCCUUCAGCAUUUCUCUGUGGCUCCAGCCUCAAGUGGAGUCCUGAGAUGAAGAAUGUCCAGUGUGUGCAAAAAGACACCCCUUUAACACAGGCAGUGCCUAAAUGUCAGCGCUGGGAGAAACUGCAGAAUUCAAGAUGUGUUUGUAAAAUGCCCUAUGAAUGUGGAUCUUCCUUGGAUGUAUGUGCUCGAGAUGAGAGAAGCCAACGGAUACUGCCUCUGACAGUUUGCAAGUUGCAUGUUCUUCACUGUCAGGGUAGAAAUUAUACUCUUACUGGUAGGGACCGCUGUACUCUGCCUGCCUCAGCCAAGAAAGCUUGUGGUGCAUGUCCAUUGUGGGAAAAAUGUGAUGGCAGUAGUGGCAAAUGUGUCUGCCGAGAAGCAUCGGAGUGCCAGGAAGAAGGGUUUAGUGUCUGUGUGGAAGUGAGCGGCAAGGAGCUGACAAUGUCUGAGUGUGAGGCGGGCGUCCUGAGAUGCAGAGGGCAGAGCAUCUCUGUCACCAGCAUGAAGCCCUGUGCUGCCGAAACUCAGUAG